GCAGAAGUAGAUACUUCGUCCCGCGUACAGCGUUGUUUGCUUAAUGUUGCGAUCAUUAAAGCUGGCGUUGUCGUCUGCGUGUAAGAAAACUUGUUAGGUAUUAAAUAGGAUUAUCGUGAUAAUUUUUAUUGGAGAUAAAGACUAAACGUCCAAGGAAUACCCAAAACCAAUAAAAUUUGAUCGAAAAGAUAAAACGAUGUUUAAAAUAUAAAUACAAAUAUUAACAGUAGAAUUAAAGCUUUUAAAUAGUGGGAAUUCAUAUUAACAGAUAAAAGCCACAAAUUAAACGUGACUUUUUCGGUAUCUACAUAUAAAUGUUGUAUGGUUUAUACAUAUAUACAACUAUGUGUGCUCAAAAACUAGGGAAGGCCAGGAAAUCACGUCAAUAAACCUAACCGACCGAACCGUCGUCUUUUUCAUUCAUGAUUACCGCAGGCGAAAAACGAAAUCCAACAAAGACACGCGGGAGAUUCCAAGAGCAAGAUGGAACUAUAACCUGUUAUGCAAAACAAGGACGUAUCACCGGCAACGGAGAAACGCACUGUGCUGAGGAGAUUCCGAGCGUUAGCGAAACCCACGCAUUGAGCUCAAGGAUUGACGGCAGUGACUAUUUCCAUGACAGAACUCCGGACAAUCUCUCGACCAACAAGAAAUACGUUGGUAAUACAAAGGAUAAUCCACAGUUCCGAGAAUUAAACGAUUAUAAUGCAUAUAUACAUCCACUACUGGUUUUGUAUUUAAAGAUACAGACAUUAGCAUUCAUCACAACGUACACAUGCGUAUAUUUAUGCAUGCUGUGUUCAUCUCUUUCUCUCUCUCUCUCCCUGUUCCUCUCGCCUCUCCCACCCCCUUCCCACUCCCUCGUUUAAAUUUAGACCGUGAUGAUGAUAACACGAUUGUCGCCGAUUAAUGCUGAUAAUUAAAAAUCAAAACGAAGUUGCAAACAACACACGUCACUGCGCUGAGUUGGCGUUCGGUACUUUUUACAGCGGCCGAUGCUAAUUGCUUUUUGAAGACCAAUUAAAGGUCGUACAGUAAACACGUUUGCAUUUUCGCUUUCUAAUACUGUAGGUACAUGGGUGUGUACAAGUAUCACCCGACACUGCCACAUUUUUUAUUUUCCGACACUAGGCAGAUUUUAAACGUCAUUACUCAAACAACUACUGAAAAUUUACGACAUUUACUAAGGCUUAAAGUAAACGCAUCUUGUUUUAUGUCUUUAGUUAUUUGCAUCUUGAUUUGAAAUUUAAUCUUUUCAUUGUAUGUUGUAUGUAACGAGUCAAAGGUUAUAGGAGGUAUGAAAUAAGCAGAGAAAUUGACGUCAGUUAAAGUAGAAAAUAAAGAGAAUUGCGGAGUGGCGUGACUGCAACGCGCUACGUUAACUGUGUUUUUCGUUGAGCGAAUUUAUUUUAUUUCCUCUGCUCACUGUUGGAACGUAAAUACAUCUCCGCACUAGCAAGAAUAGUAUGUUAGAAUGAGAAAGCAUCACGCACAAAUCUACCGCAAAUCCAACUAUCGACAGAGAUAAAUAUAAAACAGGUUUGAAAGAUUUCGAAAAACGGCCCACAACAAUAAACAGGGUCGCGCAACGGGCCAAAGAGAGACAGACGAAACGAACGGAAAAGAUACGCGUGUUACUAGAACUUGACUGAAAUUGCUUCGACUCAAUGCCUUAGUCACUGGUGUAAUGUCGAAGAGAGAGAGAGAACUGGCGUAAACAUGGCGCCUUGGGAGCGAGCAUAUCGUGUUUGAGUGGUAUCGUGUACGCGCAGUUUUGACGACGUUUAUCUCCUCUCUUAAAUAUUUACAAAGAGACAGUGAACGAAUAAUAUUAUGUAGUAUGCGUGACGGUGCCACAUAAAAAAUUUAGUGCCAAAACGGGGAUUUUCCGCGAUUCAUGUGCUUGAGCCGCUGUGCUUUAAGGAAUAAUCAACAAAGUCCGCGAACCAGUGCCAAAUAUUUUCCAGUCACAAUAAUGUAAACAAUAGAGUUGGAAGAACAGGCGGUGGAUGCAAAGUCUCAACCGGAUAAGUUCGGUUACUCGAAAUGGAAAAUUGUCCAGACAAAUAUUUGCACAAGAAAUUUAAGAAGCAAUUGAGCUGUGAACCAACCAAUAGUAGUAGGACGCAAGAUGGAAAAGAAAAUUCUACGAACACAAGUCGCGAGAUCAAUUUCAAUAGAACUAAUAGAGACCUGUUACAGGACAGGGUUAGUGCAAAAAACGACGAAUCUGAUGAUAGUGUGCCAACUUUAAUUAAAAAGUCUUCCAUAUCGUCGCUGGUAGUGUCAGUUAGUGUGAAUGAGGGUGCCAGUGAACAAGUGACUGUUGACAGGGCGUUUGCGCCCAAAUCACCUCCACCACCGUCAGACAACGACAGCAUAUCACGUGCUUCAAGGCCAAAUAGGGAACCAGCAUUAUCAAAAACUAAUUUUGAUACGAAUUCGAAUUUUUCGCACAUUUUACCCCCAUCAGUUGUAGAUCAGUCUUCCUCUAGUUUCAUCGACCAGACCAAAAGACCCGUGUACAUAUCUCCUCGCGAAGAGCAACAGUCAGAAAACAAGGAGGUCCCUCCGACAGAAAAAAGUUCCGGGGGAAAAUACAUAUGUUCCUAUUGUAACUUGGCUUGCUCGAAACCAAGCGUACUACAGAAACACAUUCGAGCUCACACGAACGAGAGGCCGUAUCCGUGCCUCAGUUGCGGGUUCAGUUUCAAAACCCGAUCGAACUUGUACAAACAUUGCCGUUCAAGGACCCAUGCGAAUCGGGUAAUGGGCAACAAAACCCAAGAGGUAAAUAACGAGACUGAAGAGUGUCAUAAUCGACCGGACUUGGAACAAAACCAUCUUGAAAACAAUACCGCUUUGGAAAUUGGUAAGGAAAAUACCGACAUAAUCGAAGAAGAAGAUCGAAAUAACGAAAACAAAAUGCUACAGGACGUGAAAUCUAAACCGUACAAGCCGAGGUUUCACACGAAAGUGUUUUACGAAAACACCAACGAAGAGAGCUCGAAACGAAACGUACAAAUUAAACACUCUUCCAAUUCCGAUUACCUUUCUUUGCAUAUCAACGAAGUUAUUAAUAAGAAUAACGCGAUAGUCAACUCUAGCGAGUCGUUUCUUCUACGUAAACGUUCCACUGAAAAUAUACCAGACAGUGAUAAUAUUUAUCACCAUAAAGCGACUUCUUCUUACUUUCCUCAAAACAUGAAUUUAACUGCCGAGGAGAGAAACAGCGACGAACCCCUCAAUUUAUCAAACAAGAACAGGAAGAGAUGCGUGAGCGAAGUCGCCGAACCGGCGGCUCACAAGAGCCUGAUCAAAGAACUGCUUUUAAAAAAUUUGUACGCAGAUACAAAUAUGCAAUGUCCCUAUUGCAAGAUGAUAUUUCAGACUGUGACAGAACUGGAACUGCAUAAACUGAGGAGUUGUAAGGGAUUCACGAAAAGCGACGUCGAAUAUAACAGAAGUAAUUCUGUUAAUGUCGCUUCUUUGCUGACGCACAACAAGAAUGCCUUCGACAGUCUUUCGCAGUUUAGCAGUCCGUUUGCUUUAAAGUCUCCGGGACCUUUUUUGGGCAAAACAAGGUUGGUGGAAUCGGACAAAGGGAAGUCAUUCUCUUUCGACGAUAAUCUGCCGGCGAGUGCCCAUUUUUCGUCUUUUCUCAGUCCGAACGGUUCGUUAAAGACCACCCAACGGUACUCUCUAUCGCCUUUGACCAUCCAGCACGAAAAAGAUAAGAAACCACCUGUUAAAUUAUUCGGCGGUGAGGUGAAAAUCACUCAGAAAUCGGGCGAAACGAAGAGUUUCAAGAUUGACAACCAAGAAGCGGACAGUUUCGACGUGAACACCAAUUUUAUAGAUUACGGCGGAAAACUGCGUGAAAAUACGGUUGUAAAAUCAAGUUUGCAAUCAGGCGGAACCGUUCUACAGGGUAAACCGAAUUACAGAAAGGAAGAUUCAACCAGGUCUUCGCCUGAAGUGAUUCGGGUAUACGAAACAACCGCCUUGUCUCCAAGUAUCGACGUAUCGAACUUGGAGAAGAAAAAAUUCAAUUUCGAACGAGGACAUCACGAUUUGCCAGCGAAUGACCAGUCCAAGAUAAAUAAUAAUAACAGGGAACCGGCCACGCGGCCGCCAGUAACUGACGUUACCGGAAGUUCAAACUUCAAAAUUAAAACCACCACACCUACCGGUCAUUCGUAUAAAUAUACAAAUAUUAUGGAUUUCAGCCAAAAAGCUGCUAAAAUGCUAGCGCCAAACUUGAAGCAGCCGAACCUUGCCGUUCCUGGCAUUCCGAUUCCCAACAGAGUAGCUUUUGUCCCGAAUACUUCUUCGCCGACGGUGGAUACCAAACUCCAGCAAACUUUUUUUGAUCAGCCUAAUAUUCCUGCUGAAAACGACCGUGUUUUUCAUUCAGCCAUCAGGCAAAACAGUUCAGAUAACGAUCAAAGAACUUUCAUACAAAAACAGCACCAACACCUGUCGCCUCUUCCAUCUGAAGUAAUGUUAUCGCCACAAGUACUUGGUUCUAAUUUGUGCAAUCCCGUCAACUUAUUCGUCGACGGGAAAGUUAUUAGAUAUGUCCCAGGAAUUCCAGGACCUUUCGCAGGCGAACCGAUGGUCCCUUCGAGAGGUGGUGUCAUUAGCCAAGCCUCUUCGCGGAUAGUACCUAAAAGUGUCAUGCGAUCUCCGAAGUCUAAACAAGAACCUAGUCUUUCUAAUCCGAAUAAAAUGUUAUUAUCUGAAAAAUCGCCUAUAUCUCCUGUAGUCCUGAACAGUCCAGUCAAGAGUCAGGAUUUUCUUUUAAUGGAAAAGAGGCCUAUAAUUGAAUCUAACGAUAGAUACGCCAGAUCGCCGAAAAUGGAUAAACUAGAAAUAAAAGUCAGUGAAAACAAAAUGACCACAGAACAAAAAUCUCCUUCCAGGGUAUCUGAAGGAAGAUCUCCGAUUCCACCGUCAAAAUCAUUGGAGGUCAUAAGGGCUUCUAAUUCUACCGCUCUGCCUUCCUCUUCGGAAAGCCAGCGAAAAUUUACACGACCCAAUACUUUGGCCUUAAAACCAAGCAUUUCAACUAUGAAACAGCACCAUGGAUUAACUCCAACAAUGUUUAAUCAGAUUCUGAUAAGCCCGGAAACCCCACGGGUGGCCAAAAAGUAUAUUCAGCACUUUCUCAAUGGAAAUUAUUUUAGUUAUUUGGGCUUGAAGAGUUCCACUAAACCCACUUACUGUACUUUAAACAAAACGCAACCUUUUUAUGUGCCGCAUUUUAAAAAACUUAGCAUGUAUUCGGAAUGGAGACAGCAGGAAAGUAAAACUGACGAAUUAUACGUCAGUGCUUACGAUUCUCGUCAAAAACAACAAAAGUUUACGACUGCCGGAAAGACUGCAACCAAUUUGGUGGUCCAUUCCAGUUAUAAGUCAGAGAGGGUUGUGAAAAAAGAAGUGGAUGAUCAAGGAAAAUCAAAUUCUUCUGUAACGGGAGGGUACGAAUCAAAUGAAGAAUACACAUACAUAAGGGGUCGUGGUAGAGGUCGAUACAUUUGUGAUCAAUGUGGAAUACGAUGUAAAAAACCUUCAAUGUUAAAAAAGCAUAUACGAACCCAUACUAAUGAUAGACCAUUCACUUGCAGUCAUUGUAACUUUAGUUUCAAGACAAAGGGUAAUCUUACGAAGCAUAUGAAGAGUAAAUCACACACCAAAAAUUAUGCAGCAAGUAGUAGUUCUUCAGGCUCAGCCCAUCAAAGUGGUACUCAAAGUUCAGAGACCGAUACUGAUGACAGUGGCAUGGACAGUAGUGAUGAAUCAACGCGUCAACAAGAACACGAAGCGGCAUACGGCCUUCUCUCAUUAUCACAAAAUCCACAAAGUUUACCUUCUGGCUCUUCAAUGGAAAAUUUCUCUCAGGGUUUAACGAAAAUGGGAGAAACGACGGUACCUGCGCUAGGCUUAGAUCGAAGUACAAGUUUUAUGAAUACGGAGCAAGUAACGCACGUGAACAAUACAAAUUACGCAAAAAAUAAAAUUCUUGAUCAUCAGACAAUCACUACCUUCAGUACGUUAAGAGUUAAUGCAACAAUUCCGGUUACAACUGUACAAGAAAGUUCCAAAGAAGUAGAAAACUUAACACAGUUUUUAGGGAAAACCAAUACCCAAAGACCGCUUACCUAUCCUUACUUGUCUGUUACCCCCGGGGAAUCACCGACGAAAUCAAAUAAAAUUAUUGAAAAAUCUGCCUCGGAGAAACAACCUCAUAAUUUUAGUGUAAUUUCAAGAAAUUUAGGUCCCGAAUUAAACAAAGUGCGAGAAUUACCUUCUCCACAGACUGUUGAAUUUAAGAAAGUUGCCAUAACAAUAAGCUACGAUCCUAAAUAUUUAGAAGAUGCGAAAACUCCCUCAGAAAGUUCGUUUACAUCAAAACAAGUGAUAGAAUCGGUCAUACCACUUAUUAAAGUGUCUGAUAACAUGCAACCAAACGAAGGCGAUUUCAGAAAACGAAAAAUUAGUGUCUUCGAACCGGAGUUUAAGCCAAAAUUACAAAGAAGCGAUUCGGAUGUAAUGGAUCUUUCUUGUAAUUCAGAGAAGAAUCUUAAAAAUCCACCGCUUUCACAUUGCGAGAAUGGCACCAUUGACCAAAGGACAUCAGUAGCGUCGUAUUCGCCGCAAGUUAUAAAUCUUUCGAAAAGUCAAAAUCUUCCUAGUCCUUCUGUUGCCGAUAAAUGUAAACUUUCAUUUAAGACAAGUCCUAAGGAAUCUUCAACGGAACAGUUUAACAGCGAAAGAGGAAGCGACACUGAAUCUUCGUCAAGAUUUUCAACGAAGGUGCCGGAAAGUUACCCAACGGUAAUGCAUUAUUCGACAGAGUCUUCUGAAAGCUUUAAUUCGGUAGACUAUGACAACAGUGCCAUGCAAACUCUGGCCGAUGUGGCUACGAAGCAAGUCAAGUUGGAAAAGAACACGAUUGCAAAAAAUGUAGCGUCAGCCUUUUUGAAAUUGGCCACGAAGAGCGAAUUUCAGAUAAACGAAAUAAAGAAUUUCAGUUCUUCAAAUAAAGACGUCAAUGAACUCAUCGCAAAGUCUGAAGAGAACAAAAGUUGUUCAAUUUGUCUUAAGAAUUUUAACAAACCCUCACAACUCAGGUUGCACAUGAAUAUUCAUUACUUAGAGAGGCCAUUUCGUUGUGAUUCCUGUUCAGUUAGUUUUAGGACCAAAGGACAUUUACAAAAACAUGAAAGAAGUGCUAGUCAUCAUAAUAAGUUGUCUUCAUCUCCCACUUUAUCGUCGUCUGAACCUAGACCAUUUAAAUGUUCCGACUGUAGUAUUGCGUUUCGCAUACAUGGUCAUUUAGCAAAACAUCUUAGAUCAAAAAUGCACAUCAUGAAGUUAGAAUGUCUUGCAAAAAUACCCUUCGGACUUUAUGCUGAAUUGGAAAGGGCGAACAGUUUACUCACGGAAAUUAAUACAACCGAUGGGGACCAGUGUUUAGAAAGCCUAAAGGCUUUAGCAAAAAAAGUGUUCAUCAAUGACCCAAAAAAGCUGAACCAUUAUCAAGUUUCAAAUACAAACACAGAUAGCUAGUUUUUAGUUUAGGUCCUAUAUUUCAAAUUUUAUAAGACUGACUAUUAAUCUAAACGCAUAGAAAACUAUACAUUUUGUAAAAUUUUUAUGUUUAAAUAAUAUAUAGUAAAUAAUUAUAAUGACGAUAUCGGUCGAUUUUCAUCACAUUUUGAAAUAAAUUUAAUAUUUUGAAAAAUAAAAAUAUUUGCGUUUAAUUUUCAUAAAAAAAAGGUGUUUAAUUCAACGCUGAUUUUCAUUUGUGGUGCAAAAUUCGACUGACGAGGCAAUUAAUUAAUAGAAUUUAAUAUGAGAAGCUUGCUUUAUUUUUACAUAAUGUAGCUAAUGCGUCAAUAUUAGCAUGUGAUACAAAUAUUUUAGGUUUAUUUUACUACGAGAGAAACUAAGAGAUAAAGAUGAAUUUGUAAAUACGGCGCUUUUUAAAAAUAAUGAUUGUAGUUGUUAAAAGUUCUAUUUCUAGGCACUAAUUGAUCUUAAAUACAGAAAGGGUUUGUGGUGGGCAGUGGGGAUGAUUCUGCCACAUGCGGUAUUUAAUUCGUUGUAGUGAAUUGCAUUAUGUUGAUAUUAUUUAUUUUCCUAUAGAUUUUAAGAGCAUUUCAAUUUAUAAACGAAAACAGUCUACAGAUUCCUAAGUUGGAUAUUUUGUAAAUAUGCAGUAGACCAGAAUGUCAUAAGGAUAGUUUGUUAUUUAGAAAAAAUCUGUUACGUUUCUUGUUAAAAAAAGUACAAG